AUGACAGCAGUGAGGGCCCGGCGCUGCGUCGCCCAUGCGGGGCAGACCGCCAGCGUGUGCUGGGCCGAGUCCUCACUGCAGUCGCAGUGGUGGCAGGCGGGACUCAGUUCCCUCCUAGCGACCGAGUGCAGGUACUUUCCGAAGCAACCGUGCCCGGAAAGCACCUGCGUCAGCCGGAAGCGCGUGGAGUCUCCAGCCGGAACGACCAACGAGCCAUCGUGGCUCGGCGAGUGGCUUCGCGCCACUUGCGCACGUCUUCGGGCGGAGGGCGAAAUCCGCUCUCCGCCCGGGAGUCAGCCACUCGCCGAUAAACUUCGGCGAGCACUUCCGCCUCCAAAUCCCACGGGGGAGUUCCGGCCAACGCGCAAGCCACCUCCGUCGCAACGGUGCGGUAACCGCGCAUGGGUCAGAGCCGCCGCCCACACCGGUGCACCGUAUAGUGCCAUUGACCGGACAACCCCCGUGUACAGCCGUCUUGUCGCGACGCUGGGUCCACCCAAAUUGGGCAAAAGUCGCCCUAGGGCAGACGCAGCGCCGACCAGCUUUGGAGCAAGCUGUCGCAGGUGCUCGUCGAAGAGCCACCUUUCGUCGAGGAUCAGGCCCAGAUAUUUCAUCUGGGCCCGAACCGGCACGAGGACCGAGUUGACCACGAUUGAGGCGCCAGGGGGUGGACCACGACGAGGCCCAUGA